UGCAGGCGCAAGAUUUUUGUAAACAUGGCAGAGGAAGAAAACAGUUCAUGGUGGAGUAGCUGGACAAACAGUAUUGUGGAAAAUGUCAAACACAAGACAUCGACAGCUCUUGAGUUCGUACAAAGUGAUUUGUCAGAGUUUGUAAGCACUAUACAUCAUGACACGUCAUUGGUUAUUGCUGAUUCUGCAACAGCUGUCAAUCAAAAUAUCAAAAUUGAUGAAUCAGAGAAAGAUGCAGCUACAGGAAAAUUGAAACAAGGCGUUUCUGAUAUUUUGACAAGAAUUUCAACACAUCUUCAAGAAGCUGUUGAUAAAAAAUCUCAGGUGUCACCAGUUGUAAUUGAUGAACAACAAUCUUCUAUGUUGAUUACACCUACUGUCUAUGAUAGAACCCAGACAAAACUUCUGGAAUUGCAAACUAACCCAGAUACCUAUCGCUGUGAGCCCAAAGAUGACCAGUAUAAAAAGUGGUGUGAAAAUUUUCAUCUGGAUUCUAAAAAAGGAGAAAUAUCUGAAUUACUUGUAAACAAUCAUGAUGUUAGGAGAUUGUAUACUAGCUUUGUUCCAAGCGAACAAAGUCACUCGACAUUUUGGCAGCGAUAUUUUUAUAAAGUUCACGAAAUUCAAAUGGAGAGCAAACGUCUCGCUGACAUAGUUGCGCGAGCAAAUCAAAAAGAGAGCGAGGAUUGGGGCUGGGAUGAUGAAGAUGACGUUACAACAGAGAAAGAAAACAAAUCGCACAUUGACAUUGUUGAAAACAUAUCAAAUGAAAGUAGUGUUUCAGAAAAUAUCGAAACUUUUGAAAAGAAAGAAAAAGAACUCACUUCAAGAUUAAAGCCACAAAUUAAAGAAAAUGAUGAUGUACCCAACACAGCCAUCAAUACAGAAACCUCUGCAAGUAGUUCUUCAUCGGGGGAAAGUAGCUCUUCAUCAGGGAAAAGUAGCGAUUCGUUGGGGAAAAGCGAUUCAUCUGACAGUAGUUCCUGGAUACGUGUUCGUGAUCAGGAAGGUAAUUCAUCAAAAUCCAGCUCAAGUGUUGUUCUUGUCAAUGAUAAAGAUACAGACAAUCAAAUUGGUGAUAGCAGUGAUGACGUUAUUGGAGAUGAUGAUGAUGAUGAUGAUGUUGGCAUUGACGUAGUCGAUGACCUCAUCAAUGAUGAUGAUGAUGAUGAGUUUGAUUUAAAUGAAGAUAUAUCAAAUGAAGAUGUUGAAAAACUUGUCGAAGCAAUCACUGCAAAUAAUGUAGAGGAAGAUUGGGAAGAUUGGGAAUAAAAAGUACAAAAAAACUCUUAUUUCAGUGUCUCGUUUACCAGCAUUUCAGAAGGCAUCCGUUGAACUGUUGUCAAUAAAAAUUGGUGACUAUACUUGGUUUGAUAAAAUACAAUAUAUGGUUAGGGUAAGGGUUAUUUCUGUAAUGAAUGUAUAAAUAAUAAUUGUAAAUUAGUUAAUUAACUCGUAUUUGAUAUUUUGGAGUUUUAUGCAGUAAAUGUUAUACAAUAAACACAUUAUUUGUUUCUAUCAUAA